GAGAGCAUUCGGAUCACUAUUGACGGGCCAACUUUCCCAUCACCCCCGUCUUUUUGCUAUUUGGCCAUCUCCUUUCCUUCUCUUCUUGUGUAUUUCUUUGCAGCAAAUUAAUCACCAUGGCCUUCGCUGGCCAAACACCCACGAUCAUCGUCCUCAAAGAGGGUACGGACGCCUCUCAAGGAAAGGGUCAGAUUCUCUCCAAUAUUAAUGCCUGCGUGGCCGUUCAAUCCACAAUCAAGAGCACUCUGGGCCCAUAUGGAGGGGACUUGUUACUUGUUGAUGGCAACGGGAAGCAGACCAUUACAAACGAUGGAGCAACAGUAAUGAAGCUCUUGGACAUUGUCCAUCCCGCCGCCCGCAUUCUUACUGACAUUGCUCGGUCCCAAGAUGCUGAAGUUGGAGAUGGCACAACAUCUGUUGUCGUUCUGGCUGGUGAGAUACUGAAGGAGGUUCGGGAACUAGUUGAGCAAGGCGUUAGCGCACAAACCAUUGUCAAGGGUUUGCGAAGCGCGAGUGCAAUGGCAGUCAACAAGGUGAAGGAAAUCGCGGUGGAUAUUAUUGACGCUGCCGGAAGCGAGGAGAAGAAGAUUGAAACCCUAAGGAGGCUGGCCGGAACCGCUAUGAAUAGCAAGCUCAUCAAGCGGAACUCGGAGUUUUUCACCAAGAUGGUUGUGGAUUCGGUUCUGUCGCUUGACCAGGACGAUUUGAACGAGAAGUUGAUUGGCAUUAAGAAGGUGACCGGUGGUGGCCUCCAGGACUCGCUCUUCGUCAACGGUGUCGCUUUCAAGAAGACUUUCUCCUACGCAGGUUUUGAACAACAGCCCAAGUCCUUCAAGGACCCCAAGAUUGUCUGUUUGAAUGUGGAGCUAGAGUUGAAGAGCGAGAAGGAUAAUGCUGAAGUGCGAGUCGAACAGGUGUCUGAAUAUCAGGCUAUUGUGGACGCGGAAUGGCAGAUCAUUUACAACAAGCUUGAGGCUAUUCAUAAGACCGGAGCCAAGGUUGUCCUCAGUAAGCUGCCUAUUGGUGAUUUGGCUACACAAUACUUUGCGGACCGUGACAUCUUCUGUGCUGGUCGUGUCUCAUCGGAUGAUAUGGACCGUGUCUGCCAGGCAACUGGUGCUGUUACCCAGUCGACCUGCAGUGACAUCCAAGAACGUCAUCUGGGUACUUGCGGCGCUUUUGAGGAACGCCAGAUCGGUGGUGAACGUUACAACAUUUUCUCCGAGUGCCCGAAGGCGAAGACAUGCACGCUUGUGCUGCGUGGCGGAGCGGAACAGUUCAUUGCUGAAGUCGAGCGCAGUUUGCAUGAUGCCAUCAUGAUCGUUAAGCGCGCACUGCGCAACACAACCAUCGUCGCGGGUGGCGGUGCUUGUGAGAUGGAGUUGUCUGGCUACAUUCACCGUUUCGCCGACCGCAACGUUCCAUACAAGCAACAGGCCGUGGUCAAGGCAUUUGCCAAGGCUCUGGAGGUUAUUCCCCGGCAGCUGUGCGACAAUGCCGGUUUCGACGCCACGGAUAUUUUGAACCGGCUGCGUGUGGAACACUACAAGGGCAAUACCUGGGCUGGUGUGGACUUUGACCAGGAGGGUGUUCGGGAUAACAUGGUCGCUUUUGUGUGGGAGCCCAGUCUUGUCAAGGUUAAUGCUAUUCAGGCGGCUGUGGAAGCUGCUUGUUUGAUCUUGAGUGUCGACGAGACCAUCAAGAAUGAGGAAUCUGCUCCGCCUCAGGCACCGACACGCGGACUGCCACCUGGCGCUGCACAGCGGGCUCUUGGUGGAGGCCGAGGACGUGGUAUGCCCCGGAGAGGGCGAUAGACCUGCGCGACGGGAUGAGAUGAGAUGAGUCGCGUGGAUGCAGCUAAAGUUUUGCCAUGAUGAUCAAAAGAAAUAUAAAAAAGCAACCAGUAGUUAGAAUAUAGCACAUCUGUGCAUUAUAAUCUCUCUUUCUUGUGUGCAUGCCUACUAGUAGGUAUAGAACCUCUGGAUUCUUCCAAUUAUUUGGGAGAACAGCUUAGUCUGGACAGAGGUACAUGUUCCCCGACAGAUAUCGUCUCUUACUAGUAACCCUAGUUAUAGUAUGUAUUAUUAAGGACCUAGGUGCCUAAGUACUCUGUACACUAGAGAUGCAUGACGGUGAUCGCCGUGGUUGCUGGUUGAUCAGCGUGUAAGUU